UCUUCAGGCGCGUUUCCUGCUCCCCGUCUCGUCCAACACGUCUAUUGGGCGAUUGAGGACUCUCCUCCCAUUUCCCUUCACGCACCUUGUGUGAUGGCCUCGAAUAAAGGUAUGUCUUUAUUCAAGCUACGAAUAGUGCUAGCAUUACCUAUACCCUCUUCUCGCUCAUCAUGAUUGAAAAAAACAGAUAUUAAUAGCAAGCCAAACAGAUAUAGUCUGGCCUCCGCAGACAACUGCGGACGUUUUAAACCUCACACCCCGCAAAUCCCACCCACCAAGCCAAACAAUUCCCACCUCCCCAUCCCCUCUCCGCAAAGCCACCCUUCCAUCUCCAUUCGGCGGCGACGGUGCACACGACGACGGCAAUGGCGAAGAUGAGGAGGACGAUGAAGAGACACUCCAACUCAAGCUCGCCCAAAUAGAAGCUAAACUAAAGCUCAAGAGACUGCAGAAGAAACAAGCUUCACAGAAACAGGCAUCAUCUGAACCUAAAGCAGCAGUCCAAGUCCCCUUAUCACCAACGUCGAUAAAGACGGAACCGGUCCUUCCAAAGUCACCUUCAAGAGUGCUGUUAGGGAUAGACAAAGGAUUAACAGGAAGGGACGUUUCCCUACGAAGGGCACCAUCGCUAAGAACCGGGAGUUCUAGACCCGGGACUAGGUCGCCCCAGAAGCCAAAGAAGACUUUCAGUGAGAGGAUUGCGGAAGAGCGAAGGAAUGACAGGGAGAAGACUGAGCGUCGGCGUAUGAUUGAGAAUAGCCGGAGUAAGGGAUUUGUAGGUUUUGGCAAUGGGCCUCCCCCGAGCUUUACAAGUGGACCUCCUCCAACCUUUGGUCCUGGCGGGAUUUUACAAUCUUCGGGGUCAUCAAGCUCCGCGGCUGGCAUGACUCAACAUCCAAAACCACCACUACCCUCGGACUCAGCAGCGCCAAAAGGCAUCACAGACCCCUUUACCACCGCUCCCAAACCAACACCGCCACUCGAAGACCCCAAUUCCCCAGACGAGGGCGGUUUUGACUCCUUCUCAGGCCUGCACCUUUCCCGCCGUCUGAUCACCCACAUUACCCUCUCCCGCCACCUCUCUCCGAAAACCAUCUUCCUCCUCCCGCACCUCCUGAAGUCCGUCAAAUCCCCCGAAUUUGAACCACCCAAUGUCCUCGGCGACUGGGUUGUGAUGGGCAUAAUCUGUUCGAAAUCCCCUCCAAGGGACAUCGGGCAGAACACCCAAAAGAAGGGCACAGGGAAAUAUAUGGUCCUCCAAAUCACCGAUCUAAAGUGGGAAGUGGAGCUGUUCCUGUUCGGCGCCGGGUUCGAUAAGUUUUGGAAAGUUGGUGUGGGCACUGUAGUAGCAUUGCUCAAUCCUGGCAUAAUGAAGCCGAGGAUCGCGGAUACGGGGCGGUUUUCUCUCACGCUGACGGAAGGAGGUGACCAAUUGCUAGAGAUUGGCCAGGCCAGGGAUCUAGACUACUGCAGGGCCGUCAAGAGAGAUGGGAAGAGAUGCUCAGCCUGGGUGGACAAACGCCACACCCACUACUGUACCUUCCACGUCGAACAAGGUGUGAACAAAUCCCGCGUAUCCCGCGCAGAAGUAAACUCCGCUACGGGGAUGUUCUCACCGCCAAAGCAGAAAGGCACCCUCCGACCCCGGAGACUCCCCGGCCGCGGCAGGUCCAGCGAAACAUUGCGCGAUGAUGGCUUACUGCCAGACACCGCUGGUGGCGGGGGGAUAGCAGACCUUCCACAACGUGCCGGCGGCGCCGGCGGUAAAGUCUUUAUCGCGUCGGGCCGGUCAACGGCCAGUUUACUGGACGACGCAGAGUACCUCGCCGAUUCCUUUCUCCGUGGUAGUAAAGAGGACAGAAUGCGCAAGCGCCUGGCAGACGCGCAGAAGGAGCGGGAGCUGACGAAGAGGAUUAUUAAGUCCCAGGGAAGAGAGGGCGGGGUUGGAGUGGAUUACCUGAAGAAACAGGUGCGCUGGAGCGAGGAUGAGACCCGGAAAGGGCAGGAGGAGGCGGUGGCUGCUGCUGCUACUGGUGGCAGAAGUUUGGUGCGUUUGUUCCUUUUCCAGCCUGAUGGAUGAAGGAGGGAAAGGGCGGCUAAUUAUACGAGCGGGAGGAAUAGGACGACGAGACAGCAAAUACUCUAUCCUCACUCCGCCAGAAAGCCAAAGAGGCCACCAAUGUCAGCCUUUCCCCGAUUAAACGGAAGAGAUUGGCCUCGCCGGUUUCGCCAAAGAAGAAGACGAGGUUCGGGCUAGAUGUGCUCGAGGAAGAGGAUGAUGACUUGGUUAUUGUAUGA